AUGUUUCUAAACCCAAAUGAGAUUUUAAGUCUAAUUCGUGAAGUAUACGAAGUUGAUAUCAAAUGCUUUUAUUCGCAGUUGCGUCUAAAGAAACUAAAAAAAUUGUUGGAACAUGCCGCUUAUCUGUUUGACAUCUACGUAAGGGACUUGAAAAACAACCUAGAGAAAGAUGCACUAACAGCCUUCAUUGUUGGUGGCUACUACCUGUAUCUUAUUAUUCCGCAGUCGUUACAAUUUCAGGCAAGAAACAAUGUUUAUAGCAGUUACGCAAAGUUGAAAAAUAAGUACCAAGAAGAACAGGGAAUGACCUAUGUCCUAAAAUUGGUGAAGGACGAAAGUGCUAUAAUUGUUGAUCAAUGUUUAUCUGACUCAAAACGAAUUUCCAGGACCAUGCAAAGAAAAAGAGCUUACUCUUUGCCCCUACGACCGCUCCCCGUUCACAUGGCUUCUUUAUCGAUACAUAACCAACUCGACGUUCCGAUACGGGAAAUGCCUAUAGAAACGUCAAGGCCAAUAAAUAAUACCUUGGUGAAGGACUUGGCUAAAAAGGAAAAUGAAUUGAAAUCAAGUAAUGAGCUUGAACAAGAAACCGAUAUAGAAGGUAGAGAUAGUACAAGUACAGGGCCCUUAUCUAUGACCUCGUACUUAAGGUUAGAUACUGAAAAGGACUCUUUAUUCAAAACUCUCUCUAGUCCAGCAGCAGCUUCCACUGGGAACUCCUUAGAGGCUUUGUUACAGUUUGAGGAGCCUAGCCAGAAUUCCUCUUCUACAUUAAAGUCAAAAGAGCAGGAAGAAGAAGAAACCGUAAUCGCUUCCACCUCUCAAACUUUUAAGUUGCCGGUGAUCGAAAAUCCAGAUAACCUACUGUCUGAAUUAUCCAUAACUGGCUUGCGAAAUCCAUGCAACACAUGCUAUAUUAAUAGCAUGGUACAGUGUCUGUUUGGCACCACUUUAUUUCGCGAUUUGUUUCUAACUAAGAAAUAUAAACUCUUUCUGGAGAAUGAAAAAUACCCAAAAGGAUUCCAACUGUCCCACUCCAUUUACGUUCUAUUUAAGAAAAUGUACCUGAGUGGUGGAAGGGCAAUUAUACCUAAUGGCUUUUUAAAGGUGUGUAAAAAGUUAAGGCCUGACUUGAACAUCCCAGAUGAUCAACAGGACACGCAAGAAUUUUUGAUGAUCAUUCUGGCACGGAUUCAUGAAGAGCUGUCAAAUGAAAAUGUGACUAAGUAUUAUUCUGAUCUAAUUUUUUAUGAUGCGACUGCUUUGCAAGUCAACCCAUCCAAAUAUCAAAAAUGGUAUGAAGAAACUGUUCUUUCAGACGGAUUAUCUCCAAUCGAUUAUAUAUUCCAGGGACAGAUGGAAAAUAUACUAAAAUGUCAACGCUGUGGCAACUCCUCCCACAGCUAUUCUACCUUUUAUGUUCUGUCACUUGCAAUUCCAAAACCCUCUUUGUAUAGUUUUACAAGUAAAUCCAAAAAAAUAAAAUUGGAGGAUUGUAUAAACUUGUUUUCAAGCGAUGAAGAAUUGUCUGGUGACAAUGCUUGGGACUGUCCCAAGUGUAGAACUACUGAUUGCAAGUCGAAAACGGAUGAAAAUCUCAGCCAGAAGAAAAGAUCAAUACUAUUCAAUUUGCACUCCAGAUCAAGAUCCAAAUCCCCCCAUCAUCGUCAUCAUCACCAUCAUCACCAUCAUAAAAAAGAUGAUGCGACAGAUAACUCCAAAAAGUGGAAAUCUAAAAAGCUGACCACUGUAAAGAGUUUGGAUUUYAUUGUUUUGCCUCCAAUACUAGUCAUCCAUUUAUCAAGAUUUUAUUAUGAUUUAACGAAAAAAAAUAACACGGUAAUAACUUAUCCACUGAUAUUGAAUAUUAUUCUGAAAAACAAUGCGGUCGUUCGGUAUAAGCUGUACGCAAUAGUAAACCAUUCCGGAAAUCUUGUCAAUGGACAUUAUACUUCUGUAGUAAAUAAAGAAAAAAGCCAUGAAAUUGGGCUAAAUAGACAGAUUUGGGUCACGUUUGAUGAUGAUGUUAUUAAACAACACAAUAAGGAUCGUGAUGACUUUGAAACUGGCAGGGCAGAGAUUUCUAGUAGCGAAGUAUAUGUCUUAUUUUAUGAAAGAGUUGAUGAAGAAGAUUAUAAGGAAGAAUGUUGUUAA